AUGUCUUCGAUUUCGGCCCAAGGGGUUGUAGAGCGGGCCUCCGCGGAGCUGUCGAAGCGCAUAAAUGGGCUAGGUUUGCGGGGCAGCAAGCACCACAACAACGCCAAGGCCAGCGUCAUGGAGAGGGUCACCAACGUCUUCUGUGGCUCCAGCAACAAUGCUCCCGCCGUAGGCAAGUACAAAGUUGUUCAUAGAAUAUUAGUAUAA